GCCGUGAUGAAUUGCACGGCUGACCCGAGGGUGCUUCUGAGGGGUAUGACCCCUGAGAUUGACAGAGCAGCCCUCGGGGCUGAUGAUGAUCAAGCCCUUAAGGACAAGAUCCUCCGGUCUUCCCUCACAACCUGCAUUGCCCUCGGAGAGCAGGCCCGGAGGCUAGAGGAGUGGCGUCUUCGCAAAGCCGAGCAGGAUGCCAAGAUGCGGGAGCUCAUCCGCCAGAAUUCCGAUGCCAUCCGGCAGAUGGCUAUGCUGGAGGAGAGCCUUCGGCAGAUGACCCUGUGGGCGAAGGCCGCAGACCGGGGCAAGGCCGAGGCUGAGAGGUCCGCAGCUGAGGCCCUUGAGAGAGCUGCUAGGGAGGCCGAGGCCGCCAAGGCGGAGGCCGUCGAGAAAGCCCGAGGGGACGCCAUCUCUUGUUUCUUGGCAGGGGGGUGGCGAGCAGAGGAGCACAAGCAAUGGCUGUCCUCGGUCGUCGAGUCCUCGGUCGACGAGUGGUGCGAUGGGCCCGGUGUGGAGUGGGUUUCCCGAAAGGGUAAACAGUACUAUGAUGGGGGCGAGUUUUUCACUCAAGCCCUUAUCUACCGGAGGGUGGCCCGCCACCUGAAGAUUGAGCAAAAGGAUUUUGACCCGGCAGCGUACAG